AUGCUCUGGAGUCCCGAAGUGAAAGCACUAACGGGCGACCAGAGGGCUGCUAGUACCACUUCACAUACCGAUAACGGUAACCACGACGACGAGGAACGAUGUGCAUGCAUGGAGGGGUGUGAUGCCGGUAAUUUGGUCACGUCUAACAAUGUGUCUACGUCAGUAGCAUCGUUAGAGGAGUUAACACAGGAUAGGACACCCAAUUCUGCUAAAGUUAAUAGCCGAAUGUUAGACUGCCAAUCAAAUGCAAAAAGUUUGAGUUCAGUUAAGAACGGAGUCGGCGAUGAUGUAGAUAAAGCAUUUCCGCAAAAAACCGUUCCAGAGCCGACCCUAUUGAUGCCGAAGGAAGAGCAUUGCUUUCAUAGUGAUGUUGACGCUCCUUCUACUAAAUCAAGUCAAAUAUUGAAUGCAUUGAAGGGUCAUGAUGAAACACAAGUAACACGUGGUAAUGACACGACGGAAGAAGAAGAGGCCGAAUCUGAUUCGGGAUCAGAAUUUGAAUGGAAGCCUGUAAAAUGCUCCAAGACGAGGGAAAACGAAAUCGAGUGGGGAGCUAAAGAUUUCAGCAUCCAACAACAGGAGAAAUGUCAUGAUGAUAACGGCAAGCAUUCCGUAAAGCGUCUUGAUGAUGUUAAUAGUGAAGAGGAAGAUAAAGAAGGGCAACAACUAAACAUUGUGCCUUCGUUGUCACCUUCUUUGUCAACCCAAGCCGCCGAUGGUGUCAUUUCGAAUGAAGUUAAGGGGAAACACGGUGCUGAUCGACUGUUUCCACGGCCUUUAUUGUUUCCGUUGGAACAGGAAAGGAACUCCAUGCAAUAUAGGACUGGUAGCCCUUCCCGCUCGAAAAAGAAGGCCUUACCACGUCCUCACUCUGGGAAGCACCGCCUCCCAGCAUCGGAGAUGGAUGAUGCAAUGUAUUUGAUGGUGUUUGGAAUCGAUAAACUUCUCUCGAAUCUCGCAAUGGCGUUGCUUGAGCAUAAGCCGAUGGACCAUAAAAGCUUCGCCAAGAAGUGGAUUGAACAUCUUGUAGACAUGGGAAGAAAAGGAGAGAGAAAAGAAGGAAUAGAGCGUCCGCAUAGUCUUCAUUUCCAUCACAACUAUUGUAAAAGGGUUCGAGGCAAACAUUGCGGUUCUCCUGGAGUGCUGAACCUCGCCUCCUCAGGUUCUGCGUUGCCUCCAACAGGCUACGCUGUCAGCACGGCGGAUGUUGUAUCUCCACGUGGUAAUCAACUAACAAAGCGACGUCUUAAGGAAGUGUUGAAAACGGAAUUGGACUCCAAGCGAGGUUCUUGCGAUGUGAAUGAACAUCGUUCAUUCCAAGGUGUGUCUAAAAAACCUGAGCAAGGCCAAAACAAAGCUGGUUCUCGAGGAUCUAGGUCCGAAUUCCGGCGAGAGUGCAGCCACGACUCGGAAAACAGCGACAAAGGCAAUCUCAAGAAAAGACGAUGCCUCAGUAAGGCCAAAAUAAGUGACAAGGUGAAUGACUAUCUCAGCAAGGUUGAGUUGACCAGAGUCCCUCCAGCCGCAGGUGGAUUGACCAUUGCCCCCGUUGCAGCGAUGGCCGACAGCGUCGACACGCCUUCUUCACUUAAGCUUGGCACCUUAGCUACGGAAGACUAUAAAGCAGAUGGUACCCUUCCUUCGCCGAAGUCGAAGAAGUCCUGGUCGUCUUUCAGAAGUAACAACUUUGUUAAUAACCUUUACUCGCCUGCAAAGGACGUUUCUAUCACUGAUGAUGGAAAGGGAAAUGAUUCGAAAUCCCUUUUAAGCGGCACCGUUGACCCGAAUUUGAUUGAGAUCCGCUCGUCGAGCAACGCACAGGCCACGGUAUGCGCGGUAGGCACACUUCCGCCGGCGGAGCCGUUGAAUGCUGCCCUAAUCAACUCACCUAUUGCCGUUGGGAGUCACGAAACAGUCUCCUCUCGUGAAGUUGAAUGUGAGGAAGGAAACAAAGAGGAAACAGGGUCGGGUGAGUACGAUAAGAUCGCGGAGGCAAACUUGUUCGCCCUGUCACCUAUCUCAAACUCCUGUUUUGGGGCUCCCCAAAACGACGGAAGUGAGGUUGCACUUUCUAGUUUAAAGAAUGAGACAAGAGUCGGAGCGUCGAAGAUCGAUUCAUUUUCCUCCAGUACUCUUCUUCCAAACCUGAAGGGUUUUGAUAGGCGGGGAGACGAGGACCCAAAGGAGGAUAAUGGGGACAUCGAUAAUGCCCUUGUCACCUUUGCACCUGUAAUUACACUUGAUCAGAGCACCUCAGGGGUGUUGGGUGGCGUGCGCGUUUCAAAUGAAAACAAAGCUGGUUCAUUCAACAGCUUAUCACUUCCCCCGACUUCCGGUCAGCCAGCGGCAGCUUCGACGGCGUCGAAUCUGCUUGCCUCUCCAGGUAUAAAUGCUGGGAGGGAAGCAGUGACUAAUACGCGUGGUAGCAGGCUAACCUCGGCGACUGCAGACAUCCCAGCAAAGCUUCUCGCCGCUAUUGCACCCACCACGAUCAGCAACGCCAACCGUGCUGCUCAGCAGAAACUCGCAAAUAGCGGGAUCACUGUCCCUGCUUCUGGCUCGACCACGAGCAAACUUGGCGGUAAUACCAAAAUACCAUUAGCCGCAACGUCCACCGGCUCCGAGGCAAACUUGGCGUCUUCCCGAAAUACCGCACUGAACUCUGGUUUCAACCAAGGCAGCACCACUGCCACGAUCGGCUCGGCACGUUUGAAGUUGCAUUCCUUGGUAGGCGCUAGCGACACGAUGGGAGCCAAAUCCAAGCUUGCCUUCCUCCGAGGGACAGGGGAGCACAGUAACCCCACGCUACACUUGACUCCCCGCCCACAGUCGGCGUCGACAUCCGCAUCCCCUCUUACUUUAUCGCGGUUGCAACCUCACACUCUCCAGCCUUAUAAUAACGGCUUUGGCACAGCGUUGGCUGCGAACCAAAACGCUGCCGGUGGCACCAUCUUUCCAAUUUUGCAGACCUCGUUAUAUACCCCGGAAUCCACUCUCGACAAUAAAGUCGAUCUCGUUCCAUUCUCAUCGAUCGAAUACGCUGAAAAGGGAACACCAAGGAGGGAAAAUUUACCCUGCAAGCUAUCACCGGCUCCACCCACGGAUUUAUUCAACUCCUCCGGUGUUGGAGGGGUCUGCACAAGGGGCAUAGCCCCUUUUACUGGAUCAGAAGGUGAAGCACAAGUCAUGAUGAUAGCAGCACAGAACUCGCUCACAGAUGUAGAUGCCCCCUCCCCCAGGGUUUCUUCAAUGUCGACGGGCGGCAAUACAGCGCUUGCUAUGGGAUCGAGUUCGAGUACGGGUUUUAAUUUUUCACCUAUGAAUUCUUUGAUGAAGCGCCGCGGUGAUAGUAUCCUGGCAAGCGAAAGUGGUGGUGUGAAAGUGAUACCGGAUAGAUUUUUGACCCCAACAGAAUCCUUUUUGGCGCCAGCACCGUCAGAAGUACUGACUCGAAUUAACAACACCUUGGGCCAAAUUCCAAAAGCAAUGUAUUCAAAGGUGUUGUCCUUCUUAGAAGGGCUUGUUGGAAAGACGGAGGGUGGGGACACCGAUGGCUCUGGAUUCUCUCUUUUGAACAACACUAAUGGAGCCACAGGCUUCCAUGCGCGUGCCUCGUUUCAGCCUACUUCGCAGAAUGCAACUACUGUUAAUUUCAGCGAAGCGAUGUGUUCCGCUGCCUAUCCAAUUGAUGCUGCCCUUAGGUAUCAGGAGAGGCACAAUAGGCCGGAUUCGAUUCCGUACCAAUCGGAGAGACUUAAAACUUUACCCGAGAUGCCUGAAAAAUCUUCAGGAAUGCGUCACGCCUGGUCUUCCCCGACACUUUCAACUACCCAAUGCGAAGAGGUGUCCGCGACUCGUUGCGGCACAAAUCCACUUAGUGAGAAUUCGGACACUCACCAAACGCUUGAGAUCGGGGGCCAUUCUCCUCCCGCUGAAGUCGGCACGAAUACCCAAGCACGUUUCCAAGUCAAUCGCAAAAGUGGCCCAACUCAAAGCGUGGCUCAGUCGAGCCCACUUGGACACGACACAGCUAUGGCGUCUUGCGGAAGGACGCUGGGUCUUCAGAGCAGCAUUCGAGCCUUUGCUUCCUCAAUCGCCCCGUAUUCACAAUCGCAGGCUGCGAUUUCUAUGUCACCACUUUCCAGAGGACAAUCUUCACUUCCUCAAAGGCCUGUUGGUGUGGAUCCUAGUAGUCCCACAAUCGAGACAAUCUCCGAAAAGACAUCACCAUUUCUAAACUACAAGGUCAAGUCUGCUGUUCAGACCGCCCAUUCUCCAUUCUCUAUGAAUUGCAUAACGGAGUCUCUCAGGAGUUGCAACAAAGAAGAAGGGGCAUCGCCACUGGGGGUAAGCAGGUUGCGAGAGACAAACAAAUGCGGAUUCGAAGCCCCUGACAAGGCAAUAAAGCUCGAUCAACCCAUUGGCGAAGAUCAUAGUCUUGAGGAAAACACAACUUUCGAUGCAUCCUUGACUCCUGAGAUCGAACCCUUCACUUCACAAAGUGUGAUGACCCAAAUGGUUCACACCGCAACGGGUGCGGGGGUUUCUGAAAGUGAAUGCAAGAAUACGAGUCAGCAAAUCAACACUGAAUGUGAUCAAGAGAGAGAAGCUGAAGAAGGAUUUCAGAACAACACCCAUGGCGAAGUGACAACCAGCCUAAAAGGAAAUAAUGAUGGAACAGACAACUUUAAUGAUUCAGAACGAUAUGGAGAGGGAGAGAAAUGUGAACAGCUAAGUACAGAUCAACACCCAGAAGUAAUCACGCAUCAAAGUCAAGAUUCGGUUAGUAAACAAAAUGAUGGGGGAAUUCCCUCAAAUCAACUGGCACACACUGACCUCAAUGAGAUUAGCGGAGAUGAGCAGAUUACCAUAAAAGAGGAGCAGACGCAGCCUCAGAGGCUUCAGGGGGACGGAGCCCUUAUCGACUCUAGCAGACCACCUGAAAACAAGGGGGCCCAGUCGGGUUGUCUUCAAACCACCGAUGGGCGAAUUCAUCACCAAAGCGGGGACACAAUUUGUAUACCGUUCAACAACUCCGCUCUAAAAGAUUGGCUCAGUACUGAGCCAGAGUGUAUUAUUUUGUCAUCCGGUGACUCACAGUUAGCAGCAACAUACGAUGGCAUCGAUUUGCCGGAUAUACGUGAACCUGAUAAUUCAUGGAAGUUGAGCCGGUCUGCACCAAUCGUGUACUCGAAAUGUUCAGAAAAUGGUAGUAACUCAGCUGGAAGAUCACCCGCAUCUCUUGCACGGUCGUUUUACUUUCCCCCCAUUGGCCCGAAGCAUUCACACCACUGCAGACACAACCGCUACCAUUCGGAUACGCCUAAAAAGUCUUCCUACCAUCGUUCUCACCGGCAUUAUCGAAAUCACCAUAAGAAAAUUUCCAACGACGCUAUACAUCAUCACAAAGGAGAGACAGGUGAUUCAAAAAAACUUAAGCUCUCUGGUUCUGGUUCUGACCAAAGCCAAGCUCACGAUAGCCUGGAGCAUGAGCCGUCGAGCGAGUGCGAGACUCACUCGCAGCACACUGAGACAGUUGAUGUGGGGAAACCCGAUACACCCCUUUGUCAAUCAUACAUUUCUGACAGCAAUGCAUUCCCCAACAAGACGGCUGAUCAGAUCACCACAUCCAAAAAACGGCAGUCCAGAAGUGUUUCUCUUAACUUUGGCAAUACAAUUUAUACAUUUCCGAAGUUUUCAAUGUCUGGAGAGGGCAGCCACAGUACCAAUUCUAGUAAGAUGAAACGCUCGCUUUCUGCCGUUUUGCACACUACACAAUCCAUGCAUGCGGAGGAAGAUAUCCGGCACAGGAAGAGGCAGGAGUGCCGCCAACGCGCACAUUCUAAAUGCAAUCCGAGUUCAUUUUCUGAUCAACUUUCCGAGGAAGGCCAUGAAUACACAGGAGGCAAGACCACAGCAAAUUUUCCCUAUCCGAAAGGCAAGAAAUUCUCUAAUGAUCUUCACUCACACGGUAAGUGCGUACCAAAUUUGCCACCAUGCCACUUGUCUAAGACAGCAAGGUCGCAGGAUCGAACAAGCUCGCAAAGUAGACGCCGUCCAUUUUGCUCAAAGGAUCUUGAACGAUCGCUUCUUGAGCGCACGAUGGAAUUUAUGAACCGAAGAGGUCAUCUGGAUACGCCAAACUACGCAGGAGGUGACUUCCAUGAGCCGUCCACCUCUGUGAGAUCAUCACUGUACGCCUCAGGCGAUAUGCAGAACCGAUCUCCUAAUGCGUUUGUACGGGGUCAGAGUGAAAAAAGUAUGGUACAUGACCCGAAGCUAGAUUAUGCCAUUGCGAUGACCGCUUUGGCGGUAGCAGAAGGUGAGCUGAGUUCCCUGUGUAGUUCAGCCACGUCAAGUGAUCGAUUACUAAAUGUGGCAGACCUCAUUUAUUCAAAACAGGUGCAGCUCAGUGUCAACAAGGAAGAUUGCAGCCGUUCUCGAAUACCUUCCUAUAGCCAUGGUGUACUAACUUACCCGCCACAGUUCUCAGGACCUUUGUCCAUCACAGAUGGUGCCGAUGUCACUGCUCACAGCGUGGCAGCAAUCAAGACAAUUAAUGAAGAGUCUGUAAGUCAUGCUGAAGGGGAGGAGGAGAACAUAUGUCGGUCCUCCCAAAAUACCUGUAAUAGAGAGAUUCUAUCUGAUUUCACCUUUACUCCAGAUUUACCUGCCGAUGCUGGUGGCUCAACUAGUGAAAAAUUUGCACCAUUAUCACCAAAGGUGUCCUCCUCGUCGUGUGCAGAAAUAAGAAAAGGGUUGCUCGAGGAAAGUGCCAUUACUGCCACCACUGAUUUCACCUUAAAAGAUUUGAGCAUUUCGUCAGAGGAGUUUGAUAGCCUCCGUGAGGCGAUCUCCCAAAGCUCGAUUCUUACCGCAUUUGACUCGAAGCAAAUCGGGAUGCUUAUUCAUGCGAUGACCCGCAAAGUCUUAAAAGUUAAUGACAUACUGGUGAGGGAGGGAGAGCAGUGGGUGGGGAGCCUGAUCUUUGUCAUCAAUGGGUCUCUGUCCGCUAUUGGCCAUGAAAACAUCUCGCAGGAGCUUGGGGCUGGAAGUCUCUACGGAGAGGUGGAGUUCUUUGAGAACGUGAAGCGGAGCCUUGUCACAUUAGUUUCAGCCACAGCCCCAACUGUGACCGUAUUUCUUCUCGCAAACAAGGAUUUGGUAAGCUUUAUUAUGUCCCAGAAGAGAGUUCUGAAAAUAUUUCUUACUAAGUAUAUUGGCCGAAUUCCUCUUUUCCAAACAUGCCCGGACCCCAUUAAGCGCCGUAUUGCGGAGGCACUGAAACCACACCGGAUCGAACAGGGAACUACCUUGAUAGACCAAGGGAGUCCGGUAGAGUGGUUGUACAUCGUUUUAUCGGGUGACCUGACCUUAACCUUUUUUCUUGAGAAAGCUAGGAAAGAACGAAGCAAACACUCUAAAAUGGUGUGUAAGCCUUUCAGUUCCCCUUUAUUAUCAUCUGGGCCUUCCUUAAAGCGGUAUACGAUUCCCUCUAAAGAGUCUUUGGAUCAAUAUUAUAGAAAUACAUCAGUUCCUGAACACAUCGACGAUAUGGAACAGGGAUGGGAAAGCCAUAUUCAGACUUCCCAACACUCGAUAGACGAUACUGUUUAUUUGAUCUCUAAGAAUGAUCCACGCGAUUCCACAAGGGUGGGCACUGAUUCUCCGGUCCCGUAUUCAUCUGAUAGCUCCGAAGACGCAAAGAGCACUGGCAGUCCUCACCAAUUCAGUGCCCUUUCCUUACCUACCUCCAUUUUUGUUGAUAACAAGAAAUUAUCGACUGUCAUAUCCGAUUUUAAUGCAGUCGAAUCUGGUAUCACAGCGGACCAACCGGGUUCGCAGCUUCAGCAUGAGAAGGAAGAAACCGAGGGGCUUCAGUUACCUCUCGACGCUCCGAAAGGACAAUUUUUGCUUAAGUGUUCUUCUGGUUCCCUUGUGGGUGAGGUCGAGCUAGUUUUUGCGACCAAGAGCCUGUUUACCGCUCGGGCUACAACCACCCUGCAGGUCGCACGUAUCAGCCGCCUCCAUUUUGAUAUCAUUAUGGACCAAUCAAUUAUUGAUAUCUUUAAGCGUGUCAUCGUUGUCCAUCCAAUAUAUAGGUUUCUGAGGAAGGUGGCCCCGAAGAAAAUGCGGAUUGAGAUGAAUUCAAUCGGACUUAAUCAAGCGAUAGGAGAGAGUAGAAAAUCUGAAAGCAGGAUGAAAACGGGAAGUUCACUCUCUAGCAUAAGGUGGUUUGAUGGCCAAGACGACAAAGGAAGUAAUGCUACCUCGCAACAUCGCCAAGCCACAGGAAAGAAGAUCUCUAAACUUGCUUCGGUAGAGCAGCUCCCACACUUUCGAAAGAUGUCUUCAAUAGAUAAGCUCAGCCACCUCAAGGGCGAACUACAGGGUUGGAACAAAUCUUUGAUGAAUACGGCAACGACCAGCUCACAUCACUCGCACGUGCAAUCCAAUGAAAAUACCAGGGCGAGUAAGGGCAAUAUCACUUCCGGUACCUUUCAGCGUUCAUACCGAUCAUCUAAUAUCAAGCGCACCUCCACAGGAGCAUCUCUUUGGCACCGUAUCAGCCCUGAUGGUGAAAUUGUCUUCUCGGGUGGCCGACAUCUCUGCCGCUUCCCUCUAGAAGCACUCUGCGCGAACAAUACCAUUGUCAUCGAGAUCAUUAUGGAUGGUACUAUUAUCCACUGGAAUCCUAUUGCGCACCACGUCAUCGGUUACGCACCGUUUGAGGUGAUUGGCCAAAACAUUUUUGAUCUCAUGAGUUGUGAGGAGAACCGGCAAAAGCUGCAGACGAUGCUGAAGGCGGCGAAGGAAUACGCAGGUAAAUGGGAGUCCUAUGUCGCUGCGGAGCUAAAUUUACAAAAAAUAUUCUCAUUUAGACAAAAUACAGGGUUGUACCAGAUCGGUGUCGCAUUGAGUGUCAUCCCUUCUAUGUGCUCGUCUUUCUCGGAGGUGUUUCUUUUGGUGGGUCGUGAAUCGAAGUAUCAUGCGGCGGCCAACUACUCCGCCGAUGUGGUCGCUUGGUUGAACGAACGCAUGCGCCCGCAGCUCGCGAACUUCCAAUAUUACGUUUCGUAUAUCGAAUCCAAGAAGUGGAUGGUGACACCUAAUGAUGCGAUAUUAUUGCGAGGGCACUUAGACGCCUGUAUGGUGACCGUCGAGCAUCUUGCCCGCUUGUCAUUGCUUACCAUGGAGACCGUUAGGGAUUCGUUGCGGCCGACGCAACUGAUUAUUCCUAUUAGACGCUUUAUGACCGAGGCCUGUGCACUUGUGCGAAAGAAGAACUGCAGUUUGUUUUGCAAAACAGAUGACAUCACACCCAAUGUGAAAGUUUUCUUGGAUGCUGAAAAGGUUAUCAUGUUUCUACGCCUGCUGUUGAAGGAUUUGUUGAAGUCUAUGGAGUAUGAUCCAACAAUGCAUGUGGAUAUCGAACUUCGGGUAAUGAUUAUAGAGCCAGAGAGUACGCAUUUCGGGCAGCAACUUCCGCAAAACGCGGCGCAGCAGAAACGACUUCGUCAAUCCCCACAGCAGCAGGCUCAAGAUCACAACGAAUCAGGUGUGAAUUCUGCUGGAUCGCCAGGUGUAGGGAUCUCGUCGGCUGGAGAGGGCAACCAUGCCUUCUCCGCGAAUCCUUCCAUUGCACCGCAGUCAGGGAAAACCCCGGCUUCUUCAUCCGAAGGACCCAAACCAUCUACCGGAGUAGUACCCCAGAGCAAUGCAGGGGAUUCAAAGGAGAGCAAAUCGUCCAUCGCACACACGUCGCCUCCCCUACAGAGCGCUUCCUCCGUCUCUCCAGCGUCGAAUGCGGAGCACGGUGACGGGAUCGAUCUCCAACUUUCUUCGCUGCGCCGCAUCUGUUUUGAAUUACACGAUAAUGGUCUGACGAUUCCGCUAUUUCACUCGUCCAACGAUAUGGCGAAGGAGUUUCCUGGGGUGGACUCGUUUGAUUCCGCCGAGUCCUUUUCCAAAUCCUUCAUCCAGACCGUCCUAAGCCCGGUUUCCCGAUUCGGGCAUCAGGAAGCCACGAAUCAGGUCGCGCCCUUCAACAGCCCUGUGGUUUCGAACACGGCCGCGCAGCAUUUCCCCCACGGCAACGCGUCGGGUGGGUCGCUGUUUCCGAACCCCCGCCACCGCGGUGGGGAGUUGGCGCAUGUGGAGAAGAUAGUCUCCGAGAUGGGCGGAAUGCUGCGUUGUUUCACGCGGCCGGAGGUGGAAGGGAAUGUCGUGCGCGUCGAACUCCCCCUCCUCGCCGUUCCCGGCAGCAAAGAGGAGGUCGUGGAGGAUGCCCGGACGCUGCAGCACGUGGCACCUGGCGGUCGUUCCUUUACGGUGAUCGUCGCCGAUAGCAACCACGUUCAUCAAAACCACCUUUGCCAGAUCCUGUGGUCGCGGCAGCACGCGGUGAUCCCCGUGCGAUCUUUCGAGGAGUUGAUGCGUAAAAUCAAAAGCAACACGGCGGAUAUUCUCAUCAUCGAUCCGAUUCAGAUCGAUCUGAACAUGGAUGGUUAUAUCAAAACCCACGGCAGCGAUCCGUUUAGUGAUAUCUUAGAGAGUACGAGUCGGAUGGUGUUGGUGGUGGUAGGGAUGGAUUUCAGCGACUGGCGGGUGCAGAAGCUGUUGGAUCGCAACUCUGUGAUUGAGGUGCCGAAGCUUGGUUCCGCCGCGCUCAUCCACAUCGCGAUGCAGGAGGCCGAGCAGAUGGUGGCGGAGAUGCGAGACGAGGAGGCUCGGAUUGAGCAGCUGCGGUCGAACUUCACGAAUUCCGCGGCCGGGCGCCAUAAGGUCGGCCGUCUUCUCGGCAAAGGCACGUUUGGCGACGUCUACGAGGUGAAAGACACCUUAACGAGCGGGAAGAUGGCGAUGAAACGAAUGCAGCUGCAUGAGGGGACGGUUGUGGAUGAGGUCGUGCAGGAGAUCCUCGCGAUGACCUCCCUCCAGCACGAUAACAUCAUUCGUUAUUUCUAUUGCGAAAAGGAAAGCGAUACAACGCUGCGGUUGUAUAUGGAGUUGGCACCGGAGGGGACGUUGCGGGAUCGAAUCCGGGAGCACCCCGGGGUCGGGCUUCCUUUCGAGGAGAUCGUGCAGCGUCUGACUGGGGUCUGCCGCGGCCUCGCGUACGUUCACGCCCAGCACUACGUCCACUGCGAUUUGAAAACCGCCAACCUCCUCCUCGGCACCCACGGACGGACGAAAAUCGGUGAUUUCGGCACCGCGAAGCAGCUCGCACCGGGGCAAAAACUUUAUAAGUUGCUCGGCACCCCUCAAUACAUGGCGCCGGAGGUCCUCAUGGCGGAUGUCUCGCAGCAGAUCGGGUACGAUUACAAGGCGGAUGUUUGGUCGGUUGGGUGUAUCGCGCUGGAGAUGGCAACGGGGCUGCCGCCUUUUUCACACAUCGAGCAGAGCCACGGGAUGGGUAUUAUUAAGUAUCUCUCGGAGCUUACGGAUACCCCUGAUUUGUCGCCACUUUUUAGCGGGAAUCCGCUGAUUUACGAGUUCGUGAAGGCGUGUUUGGAGAUCAACCCGGAGCACCGGCCGAGCGCGCAAGAGCUGCUGCAUUUUGACAUCUUGCAAGGCAUGGGGACGAGCAUCCGAGCAGAGCGUAUUAUGAGACGCGCCGAGAUGCUCUACAAGCUGAACAAGUACGCUUCGAAACGUGGGGAUAAUAAGGAGAGAUCAAGUGGGACCUUCGCCGAGGGCGAUUCCGACCUCACGGAUACCACCAAUAGGGAUGGGGAUAUCCUCGGUGCGCCUGGCGCGGUUGAAGGCCACUAUAAGACAACCGAUAGUCAUCUGCGAAGCUCUGUGAGCUCCUCCUCGCUUUCGGAGAGUAGAUUCACGUCCACAUCCGACUCCGAGUCCGCUUUGUCGUCGAAUUGGUCGGUUGAAUCGCUUCAGCCCACGAUCUCCUCAAAAAAUAUGUAA